UCUUGAACCACGGAAGCUGUGUGACGUCAUCGUCAGGUCAGGGCGUGUUGCGAGCGGGGCGACGUGUUCAGGCCAAGCUGUCGUCUUUUCAACAUCAGCUGGACUAAUGUUGAACAUUCAAUAACUUAGACAUGGAUUUUAAGUCAUUAUUCAACGAUACAGCGAUUCAGUUUUCCGACUUCCACGAGUUCACGUUCCUUCCUGGACACCAGAAGUUGUCUGAACGAGUGAGAAAGCGACUCUAUUAUGGCCUGGAACAAGAUGUGUCUCUUGAGGUCCUCUCCUCCCCUGUGACAGAUAUCGCUGUUGAAAUCUUCCAGAAAAAUGCCCCGAGCCCAAUACGAAAGCUCCACAAGAAGUAUGCCGCACAUGUCGCCAGGGAGGCUUGCAUUUCCCCGUGUGCCAUGAUGCUGGCUCUGGUUUAUAUUGAAAGGCUCCGUCACAGAAACCCUGAAUACCUGCAAAAGAUCUCCUCCUCUGACCUCUUCCUGAUCUCUAUGAUGGUUGCCAGCAAGUACUUGUAUGAUGAAGGAGAGGAAGAGGAGGUUUUCAAUGAUGAGUGGGGAGCAGCUGGGAAGCUGGACGUUGAAACGGUUAAUAAGCUGGAGAUGAAUUUUCUGAACGCCAUUGAGUGGAGCCUCUUCACAGAGUCAAAAGACUUCUUUGAUUCACUGAGCCAAGUAGAGACCAGCAUUGCACAGCGUCAGGGGAUGAAGCGAGGUUGGUUUACCUACACUGACCUAUGCGUGUUACUGGAGCAAUCAACAUGGAGCCAAGCACUUACAGCCAUCUACCAGCACUUUACCAAGGUUUCAUGUAUGCUCGGAUUUUUGUACCUGACCAGUGUGGCUGGCCUCAUUGCCACCAGCACUGUGCUCCACCAAGUCAGCCUCUGUCCAAAUGGCCGCACUCUUUUGCCACACCCAACUGAAGUCACUCCGGCACACCUUCGCACCUCCAGCCUCAACCCAGAAGCUUCUUCUGAACUCGGUCACCUCGCCUCUUGCACUCUGGCCAACAAGAGUCUGGACCGUCACACCAAAGUGGUUGGAGAGGGCCGACACCACAGUCCAGCUUCUGUUCCAGCCACCUCAAAGACAUCUAUUUUGUAUCUCUGGGGCUCACUCCUCAGCUCUGUUGGCUCCACACAGCCAGAGAUGGAGAUGGUUUCUCCUGACACCUGGUCCACUGCUGCCCCCUUUCUUCCUGGCUGCCAUACCACCCUCGCUCAACGUGAACGCAUGCUGAGAAACCACUCGACUCUGUUCAGCCAUCAUGCAUCAUGGCUGGCCUCCAUCUUCCUUGAAAGCUCUGAAACCAGUCCUGACCUUGGAAUGUUUCCACCUGUGCCACUGGGACAUUGUCGUCAACAUUUUAUGGUACCUGUAGACAAGACAAGAGCUCUCCUCAUGCCAGGCUAGCAGCCUGCAGACCCCACCGCUAAAAGCUCACGGUCAAAGAAAUAGAAGACAAACCAGCACUGUUUUUCUUAAGCUCCUCACAUUUUUAUUUCCAUUUCUCCUAUGUAGACCACAGUAAGUGCACAUAUCAUAUUUCACUGGUGUGUUAAACACUUUGCUGCAGAGUCAUGGUGAUUUAAGGGUUUUCAUUUUAAGUUUUUUGGGGCUAGUUGGCCUGUUUUUGCUUGAAAGCUAAAAAGCUUUUGUGUAGAGGGUUAAAGUAAGUUUGGUUUAAAUGAUGUUACUCGGUGAGAAGAACAACUAUAAGAAGUUUCCGGCCAGAAACGGGCCGCACACGCACAAUAUUCUGCAACUGCUGUGCUUUUCAAUCCACAUUGCCCCCCACUAAAGCUAACUAUUGUCUUAAUACAACAGGAUAGUAGUUCACUAUUGUUUCCUCAUUCUCCGGGGCUGCUUACAUAAAAGCUGAAGGAUGCCAGACACCCCCUUUGAUACAUUUUGUGCUUUAAAGAUGCUAAAACCAAUCCAAUGUAGGUCAAUAAAACAUCCUAGCUUUGUGUAAUAGCACAUUAGCAGAAACGAGCUGUGAGCCAAAAAUGGCCACAUUUUGCACACACCUGCUCUAAGGUAUCAUAUAUUCAGUAUUCUUUGCAUUUUGGAGUGUAACUCCACCUUAUCUAGUAUGCUACCAUCAUAGUGGAAGAUGUACGUAUAUCUACUUGUUGCUUCACUCCACACCUGCUGCCAUAUCCAUCUUUUUCACAGGAUUUCUUUUCAAAGUUUCACUUGCAUCAUGUUUUGAUGAUUGUGUCCCACAUUAAGCCAAAAUGGUCCCCAGGACUUUGGAAUUUAUCGAGUUGCUAUGACAAUUUAUUAUACUUGGAAGAACAAUGUCAUUUUGUACAUGUUGUAAAAUGCAAAUAUUGUUGGAAAAAAGCAAGACUAUUUAGGGGAGGAGAAAAUGCUGAAAUGAAUAAAGAAUGGCUUUCUUUUAGUCUGGAAGCUUCAGACUUGAAAAGCAA